GAAUGUCGGGUGGAACAGCAGCAACAACUGCCGGUUCCAAGGUGACCUUCAAAAUCACUCUAACAAGUGAUCCGAAGCUCCCAUUCAAGGUCCUCUCCGUGCCGGAAAGUACCCCAUUCACCGCCGUUCUCAAGUUUGCCGCUGAAGAAUUCAAGGUCCCUGCGGCUACAUCAGCAAUCAUUACGAACGACGGAGUUGGCGUCAAUCCAGCUCAACCUGCCGGAAACAUUUUUUUGAAGCACGGAAGUGAACUUCGUCUGAUUCCACGUGAUCGCGUCGGCCAUUGAGCAUAAGCCAAUUGUUGUCUACAUUCCUGUAUUAUGACAUAAUUAUUUUUACAAAAUGUGAUGUCUCUGUGCAUUUCUAUCCUAAACUCGCUAAGUCAGAUUUGAAUAUCUAAAUUCUUCUAAAUAUUAAUUUAUUGAAAUUCCCCUUUCCAAAGUACGCUAUGAAGCUUUUUUCUC